UCUAAUCAAAAAAACACUCUCUUUCCAGUUUCUCUUUCCAAUUAUUCUUACCAAUUUCUCCCUCAAUAGUCGCUACACACUACGUAACUACAAUGUCCUUUGAACGCGAAGAACCAAACUAUUACGGUGCUGGGCCGGCUCUUUUACCGACAGAUGUCCUCCAGCAGGCUGCGUUAGACUUGAUCAACUACCAGAACCUUGGCUUGGGAGUGGGUGAGAUCUCUCACCGCUCAAAGCAGGCAGUUUCUAUUGUUGAUGAAACCAAAGUAAACCUCACCAGGCUCUUAGCCAUUCCAGACACCCAUGAGGUGUUUUUUAUGCAGGGCGGUGGUACCAGCGGGUUUUCAUCUUCUGCCGCUAACUUGAUGGCUGCGUACGCGAAGCGCACGGGGAAGAAGGGCAAGGCUGCGUACGCGGUUACUGGCACCUGGUCUAAGAAGGCGUACGAAGAGGCACUCAGAUUGGGGUUCGAGGCUGAGGCUGUGGUGGAUGUGAAGAAGCAGAACGGCAAGUUCGGAGAUAUCCCACCAACCAGUGAAUGGAAGCCAGUCAACAGCGAUUACGCCUAUUUGUACUACUGCGAUAACGAAACUGUCAACGGGAUCGAGUUCCAGCAGGUUCCAGAGGCGUACGCUGCAGGCGUGGAGAUUGUGGCGGACAUGUCCUCUAAUUUCUUGUCACGCAAGAUUGACGUCAGCCAGUACGGGUUGAUUUUAGCGGGGGCCCAGAAGAAUGUCGGUUUGGCCGGGUUGUCGAUCUACAUCAUCAAGAAGAACUUGUUAGAGCAGGCUGGCGACGAAGAAUUGAAGCAAUUGGGCGUGCCGUUAUCCCCAAUCGCAUUCCACUACCCAACAGUCGUCCAGAACAACUCUGCCUACAACACCAUUCCGAUCUUCACACUCCACAUCAUCAACUUGGUCUUGAAGAAGUUGUUGGCGCAGGGCGGGCUUGCCGUGCAGGAAGCCACCAACGGCCGCAAGGCUGCCGCUUUGUACUCGGUCUUGGACAGUUACCCGCAGCUCUUCAAGUUACCUGUCGCGACCGGCGUCCGCUCCAAGAUGAACAUUGUUUUCACAAUCGAGGGUGAAGGUAAUGAAGAUGAGUUUUUGAAGUUGUCCGGUGCCCGUGGUUUGACCGGGUUAAAGGGCCACAGGUCUGUUGGUGGCAUGAGAGCGUCGUUGUACAACGCUGUUACCGAAAAGAGUGUUCAGUCAUUGGUUGAUUUUACCAAGGAGUUUGCUGAGUCCAGGAAAUAGAAAUAGAUAAGCUUGAUAAUGAACGGACCGGAAAUGUAGGUUUGGAGAAGCGGUGGGUCUGGAAUGCGGCAGGCACGAGAGGAGCAAAAGUGGCAGGACCGGAAACGGCUAUAAAGUGCUAUAUCUAAUGCGUCUGAAGUGAACAGCGUCAGUAUCAGCGGCUUCCAGUUAAAGCAUCCAUGCUUGGUAGAGAACUAGAGGAGAUAAGACGUUGUAUAUGAGAUCACGGAUAUCUGUAUCUUUACAUAGUAUAGGAGAGCCUUAAACCAGCAGAGUUCGACUUCGUUUUAGGAGAAGGGGUACACAGAGUAUGG